CGACUGACUGAAGUAGAUUUAUUUGACCGGGACACAACUAUAGUGGUCUUUAGUAUUCUUCUCCCCCUUCUAAUAUCCUCAGACACCAGCACAUGAUUGAAAGUAAGAGAUGGGCUGGGCCGCCUAGUGUCUGUGUUUGACAAUAGAACUAGAGCUGUGGUGUUCGCGGGAGCGGCAGCAUCACCGUAUCGCUCUUCACGGAGAGCGGACAAGGGCAUCACAUCUGCUCAUUUCCGUCUGACAAAGUUAUAAGUUUAUCCACGACCACAGCAAACCGGUUAUUUGACGCGAACUGGACAAACUGGUCUCACUCUUCCUCCUCCGCGCGUGGGCUCAAUAGGCUGUUCGCGGUGGGAAUUGUAGAGCGGCACAAGAAAGCGGAGACUCCAGCGUUUAACUCACUAUUUCAGAUUCAUUCCUGACCGGCGGCUGUAAUUUAUUGGGAGAAAACCAUCCAAAAGCUUUAUUCAAUCACAUAAGCGUCUCUUAAAAAAACAGUCUGUUGUUCGAGGCUGGAUAACCGUUUUACCACCGCGCGAAGGUCCUCUGCCUCGGGAGAAUUUAACCGUUGUGGAGUCCGUAUGCGCACUUCCACGCUGUCCGAACAGGUGUACGCGUUCAUUACUCCAUCCGGGCUGAUUUCGGAAGGUCCGAGUGACGAUUAGGAAUUUAUACAUUUUGCAUUUCUCUGCAAUACCUGGACUUAAUCGCCAGGGCAGAAAACAGAAGAACUAUGGAUAUCAAUUGGUUUAUUAUAACCUUUGUUUUGGUGGGCUCUUACUCAGCCCAGCGGCAGGUCACAGUUCAGCCAGGACCCCUGAUUCGAACGGAAGGAUCUCACAUCACCAUAUGGUGUAAUGUGACCGGCUACAAGGAAGGAGUGGAGCAAGACUUUGAGUGGUCCAUGUACCUUUACACCGCUCCCGAUCGAGAGAUCCGUAUCGUGAGCACAUCCCAGCACAGCUACGCCUACGCCUUGUAUUCCCAGCGUGUCAACACCAAGGAGAUCUACAUCGAGAGGCUGAGCGGAGACUCUGUCGUGCUGCACAUCACCAAGCUGCAGGCCGCCGACCAGGGCAUGUACGAGUGCUACACCCCAAACACAGACAGCCGCUACCUGGGCUCCUACAGCGCCCGUACCAACCUCACCGUGAUCCCAGACACUUUGACAGUGACGGCCACUGCUCAAACUCUCUCGAAAGUGGAGGGGGACACUCUACAGCUGAGCUGUGAGGUCACACGUCAGACAUCCCAGCAUACUCACGUGUCUGUGGGCUGGUACCUACGUCCUGCUGAUGACCCCAAUUCUGGUCUACGUGAUCUGGUCACUCUGUCACGGGACUUCGUUCUAAGGCCGGGAGGACAGUACCGCCAACGUCUAUCUUCAGGAGACCUGCGGCUAGACAAGACCAGCGCCACAUCCUACCGUCUCACCAUCUACAAACUGCAGCCCACGGACCAGGGAGAGUUCUACUGCGAGGCCUCUGAAUGGAUCCAGGACCCGGAUCGCUCCUGGUACGCCAUGACCCGGAUGGAGUCAGAGAAGACGUCUGUCAAAGUUCAGCCCACAGAUCGGGACUUUAGUAUCCAGGUGAACACCGAGCGCCGGGCCUACACGGCUGGUGAGCCGCUGGAGCUCCGCUGCACCAUUGACGCUCAGAAUGUUCCAGAGCGCUUCUUCUCGGUGUCGUGGGUCUUCAGCAGCUCACCCGUAGCCGUGAUCGGGCCCAGCGCCGUGCCCGUACUGGGACCCAACUAUGUGGAGCGAGAAGCGUCUGGCCUCCUGACCGUGCGGAAAGAGAGCCCCUCCAUCCACCUGCUCAAGUUGCAGCGGCUACUGCCGGAAGACUCUGGGAAAUACAUCUGCAGAGUGACGGAGCGGGAAAAGACCCCCACUGGAGAUUUCAUCGACCGCAGCAAGCGGUCCCGUAACGUUCAGAUCACUGUAACCCCUCUGAGAAGUAACAUCACUGUGUCGUUAUCCAGUAACUCUUCAGAGAUUAUGGAGGGGGAGACAAUUCAGCUGACCUGCGUUGUUAGCAACACUCUGGGUCCCCUGUCAGUGAUAUGGCAGUGGACGGAUAAGGAAGACGCGGGUCCUGCCGUGAACGUGGCUUCUGUGGAUCGUGAAGGCACGGUCACUCCUGGGCCCACUUUUAGGGAGCGCAGCAGCUAUGGAGAGGUUCGGGUAGAGCGGGUUCGGUCCGACACAUUCACCCUGGUGCUGUAUAAUGCCUUCCCCACAGAUGAGGGCCAGUACAGAUGCAGCGCCACCGAGUGGUCCCAGAGUGGAACUGCACCAGACUGGAUUUGGCAGCAGAUUGGAGACGAAUCCGCCAUCAAGACCACUACAGUAAAAGCAGUUGAAUCUUUCUUCUUUGUAUCGGCAUCCUCUCGUACGCCCAGCGUGACGUUUGGUGAUUCGUUUGACCUACAGUGCAUCGUAAAGCCACGACACAAUCCCAACGUUCCUGCUGCGGUCACAUGGCGCUUCCAGCCAGCAGAGGGCGAUGGAGAGUUCCGAGAUUUGGUGACGUUCACGCGGGAUGGGACUCUGCAGUGGGGCGAUCAACUGCUGGGCCUUGGCACGCGUACCACUGUGGAUCGUACACCCACUAACACCAACUUCCGUCUCAGCAUCACCCGAGCCGGACGCAAGGAGGCCGGGACGUACCAAUGUGCUGCCUUGCUUUAUCGGAGGAAUUACGAUGGCACCUGGAGCACGGUGGCCAACCGCACCUCCAACCCGCUGGGCAUCAGUGUACUGCAGCCUGUGAGUAAACUGAAGGUACACAAGUCCAACCAGAGUCUGCAGUUUCUGGAGGACAGUCGGGUGCGUGUCAAUUGCUCCGUCACGUCUCAAACCAGCCCGGAUUCUCAGCAUGCCGUGCUCUGGUACGCCCGGAAGGCUGAGGCCGGAGAGCCGGAUGAGCUGCUGUUGAAGAUCAAACACACUGGAGCAUUUGAGUACGGAGCAUACGCUGAGGAGGAACGUCUCCGCAGCCGUGUGCAGUCAGAGACACUCUCUCCUCGGCUAUACGGGCUCACACUGCAUCGUGCCGAGACCAGCGACUCUGGAACAUACUACUGCCUAGUGGAGGAGUGGCUAACGGACCCUGAUGGAGCCUGGUACCGUCUGGCACAAGACUUCUCCGGCUUCACACAUGUGGUGGUGAGACAGCCAGUGGUGAAGUUACAGGUGGAGGAGGCAGAAUCCAAUAUCACCGUACCUGAAGAUGGAUCAAUCCGGCUGGGCUGCAGCAUUCCAUCUCAGUCCUCAAAAGAUUCCCGCUUCUCUGUAUCCUGGUACGUGUACCGUUUGGGACAAGAAGAGGAGGAUGAGCAAGAGUGUGUCUUUUCCAUCGGUCAUGAUGCAGUGUUCGGUAAUGGGAACUGCAGCCCUACAGAGGAACCCGGUCCAAACUCUCGCCUGCAGUUUGAACGCACCACCUCUGACCUGUACAGUCUGACCAUCCAGAAAGCUCGGCCCAGAGAUGCAGGCAAUUACUACUGCCAUGUAGAGGAGUGGCUGCUGAACCCACGCAAUGCAUGGUACCGCCUCGCCACCAACAACUCAGGAGUCACCAUUGUCAAUGUUAUGGAGCAGGUCUCUACCCUACAGUCAGUGGUUUGUUCCAACGACUCCCUCUUCUACUUUGUGUUCUUCUACCCCUACCCUAUCUUUGGCAUCCUCCUCAUCGCGGUCCUGCUGGUGCGAUACAAGAGCCGCAGUUCCAGCAAAAACCAGGAGGGCAAGAACGGAGCGCCGCUCUUGUGGAUCAAAGAGCCCCACCUCAGCUAUUCCCCAACCUGUCUGGACCCCCCAGCCCUCAGCCUUCACCCUGGCUCUGUGGAGUAACAGUGACACAAACACGACCCCGUCUCGCUCUGAGACUCGCUCAUCUACACCCUCUCUCUGACUCCCUCUCUCUUUUUCUUCUCUCCUCGUCCGUGAUGAGGCCACCAGAAAGUAAUCUGGUCUUCUAGCCUGGCCUGUCAAUCCGUCCAUGUGACUGACUAAGACCUUCCUCAGUUGAAGUUUGGCUACUGGUGGUGAUGCCUAGACGUUUGCUUUGAUUUCUUUUUCCUGAUGUUUUUUUUAACAUGAUUUUUACUUUUCAUUGAUGCUCUUUUGUGAGAACCUUUCAUUUGAGGUGGCAGUAUCCGUGAGCCUUGAUGUAUUUUACCUGACUGACCCGGCUAACCUCGUUUUCGUUUUGCUUUUUGUAUUCCCGUUAAUGAAUUCUGGUGGAAACCAUUGCAUAUUAUUAUUUGUUAUUUUGUCUGUGCUGAUAUUUGCUUCAAAAGACUGGAAGGUCAUUGCUGGACCAUGAACGUUUCUAGUGACAAUGGUGUAUUGAUGAAGGAAGAAAGGGACAAUAUUUCCUCGAAAAAACCUUGGAAAGCUGACAAUAGGAUGUAUAUUGAUUUUGUUUGUGUGCACGUGCCACAGAACUGCCUGUUUAAAAGGAUAUAGAAUGCCCGCCGACUCGAGGAUAUACAUGAACCCUAGCUCAUCCUGACUGCCAAAGACCAGUUCGACUUCAAAAGCCACAAAUUCAAAUUCAAAGACUCAGAAUAGGAUUAGACGUAAGUAACGUGAGCCAUCUGAUGUCAUCCAGUUGGAAAAGACAGUCUCGACGCUGACAUGUUUCCUCAUCACUGGAGCUCAGAUGUUUCCACAUGUCCUCAAAUUACACAUUUCAUUUCUAGGUAUUCUUGACCUUCCCAAUGUUAAGAUCAAUUUAUCUCCUGAAAAAAAUCUUUUGUAUUUGUGUCAGUGUGUUUGAUUGUGCAUAUACAGUAUACACAACUGACCCCACAUUUAGUGAGCGUUCGCCUCAGUGUCCUCAAAUUUUCAUUGCAAGGUUGAAUGGAAAAAAAGGGGCAUGAAGGGCUCCAGAGUUUUUGAAUUUCUUUUAAAAUGAAGUCUUGAGGGAGACGGCUGACAGGACACUUCCUACUCAAGGGACAUUCUCAGUGCCAAGACCUUUAUAUCAUCAUAUGUGCCCUGUAAUGAUCCAGGAGGAAAGCAGGCUUCUGAAUAUAUGAGUUAUGAAGGGAUUAGACAUUUCGUUUUAUCUAUAUUCUACAUCACAUCAAGUGUUGUUUUUCUUCUCUUUAUGGGUUUGUGUUUAAAAUAUGGUGCCCGAUUUGUUACCGCUAAAAAAAAAGUGAAAACAUUGUGAAAUCUUAAUGCGUCGUCUCAUAACCUGUAACCUGUGAAGACCUAAUAGUGUGAUUAUAUCUCUUGAGGGUGAAUUUAGCAUCUAAAUUAUUGUCUCCAUUAUUACGGUCUCCAUAAACAUUUCAAAAACACUGCCAUAUUUUAACACUAAAGAUGCUAUAACAACAUUUGCUCUGCAAUCCACACUAGUCCUGUUUCAUUAAAGAAGGAUUCAACCUCCAUACUGAGAGCAUUUAGAGCUUAGCUGUAGCGUGAAUGAAUGAAUUGUAUGUAAAAUUUUCUUUCCUGUUAAAUUUAAACACAAUGUGUUGUCUAGUAACAGCAACAUGCAUUCUGACACCAAACUGGAUGGGUCUCACUUGUAGACAACAUUGGUGACCUUCCGACAGUGCAACUUUCACUCUGUUCUCGCAGUCGCUCAGAGUGUCACUGCCGCCCUCAUGUGAUCUCGAUAGUGAACAUCACAGCUUUUCUGUAAAUGAAAUUUAGAUCCACUUGAAGCUUGUGGUCGUCUUAUUUAUUGAAUCAUGAAACUCCUAGAUAGAAUAUGUGAACUUCAUAAAUCUGCAUAGACAGAAUGUGGCAGAAAUAGCAGUGAACAUUUAGGCAACUGCAGUAUAAUACGGCUAAUUAGGGUGUCUAGAGGCUUACGAGAUCUGGGAAUCUUCAUGAAGAUGAUACAGUGGUUUAGCUCUCUUUAUGUACUAAAUUUUGUUGAACUGUACAGUGCAUGAUGAGUAAGGGGGUGAGGAAGCUGUGUGUUGUUACAUCAUGUCAGAUCAAUGGCAUCUUCAUCAUCUCCACCUUGUGGAAGGCCUCGCUGAUUCAACACACCUGUUCAAUUGAAUAAAUGUUAGCCAUUCUAACACAGCGACCGUCAAAUUUCAAGCAAACUGUAAUUAUUCGAUUAAAAAUGUCAGCCUUCCUUAAGCAGGAGAUGUGCAAUGUGGCAUUGAGUGUGAUAUUACAGUUCUGCUGUCAUUCCGUCUGUACAGAAUUAUUCAGAACUCUAAAUAGUGUUUUUGUAGUUCAACAUGCCCAGCUGAAUCAUAAUGUUGUAAAUGCAUUUCGAGGGCUGCAUGUCAUGGCUGUGUACUGGCAGUAUAGCUGCAGAAAAACAAAACAAAUUACAAAAAAUAUUGUGUUGAUGUGUGUUCAGUUCAGCCAGUGCUGCUUUUUCAAGUGGUGAUUUUUAUGUUCUUUUUUUAAUUACCAAAAUAGUGCACUGAAUAUUUAAAAAACUUGCCAUGUUUUUUUAAUGCUUCUGUGUUUUUGUUGUACUCCAUUAAAUUUUUGUUGUGUUUUUCAUAUUGAUACUUAUUUUAUUCAAUUGUAGCAAUUGCUAUUAUGAAAAGGCACUUUGCUAUUGUCAGUUGAUUGCAAUAAAACUUUCAGUGCACAGCA